CAGGAGUGACGAGUUUCUCUACUUGCAUCGCCAAGAGAGACACAGGCAACGGAAUACUGAAAACAUACAGUCUACGUCGUGCAAUUACAAAGGAUAGCUACCAAUCGCUACUGGACAACACCGGAGGACCUCACCAACUAGUACAUUUUUGGUGAAAAAAUAGGAUUUUAAAAGGACCCAGGAUCUCACUUCAAAGCUGACGUCUUCUCUAUCCAGUGGUUUAAAAAAACAUAUUCUAGAUGUGAUGUUUGUUGAGCUUGUGAACAAAAGGCUUCUGAUUUUAGGUAUAUCGACUUGCUUUGGAAAAAACGACUUAUAUCAAAUCAGAAAAACGUCUAAAAUGUGACCAUUACAGUUUAGCGUCGGUCCCUCUGUUGCUUUGUAUGAUUUGAGGGGGCGUCUCCUGGGAAUCAGGGCAGUGCAUGCGUCUCGUUUUGUAGACAGGACGAUUGUAAGGAGAGCGGAAGGAAAGUGCACUCUGGAGCUGUCCGUUCAGAACCACACACACGUUACUGUGCCACCAGCGGCACACCGCAUCCCAUCAACCUCGCACCUUUACUGGAGCUCAUGUUAUGGACCACAAUGUUAUUAUAUUUUCUGCGUUGAUUCAGUUUUUUGUCUCCUUCUCUCUGCUUAUUUUUCCCGCUGCUAACAAUUACGCACAUGCACCCUCCUGGUCUUUCAGCGUUGUAAUGCCUGGCCCGUGCUCGAGACAUGCCUGAGCGACGAGAUGGGCCAGGGUGACGAGAAAGACCGUGUUGUGAUUAACGUGGGAGGGAUUCGACACCAGACCUACCGCAGCACCUUGCGCACUCUACCUGGCACUCGUUUAGCCUGGCUCGCCGAGCCCGAUGCCCACAGUCACUUUGAUUAUGACGCACAGAUUGACGAGUUUUUCUUUGACCGCCACCCAGGAGUUUUUGCACACAUUCUUAAUUACUAUAGGACUGGCAAGUUACAUUGCCCCGCUGAUGUUUGUGGUCCUCUCUACGAGGAAGAGUUGGCCUUCUGGGGAAUCGAUGAGACAGAUGUGGAGCCGUGCUGCUGGAUGACGUACCGGCAGCACCGGGAGGCCGAAGAAGCCCUGGAUAGUUUCGGUGGAGGGCCAGCUGAAAUGAGCAAUGACGAUACGGAAGGAGAUGGUUUGGGGGAUUCAGGGGAUGGAGAUGAGGAACUUGAGAUGACCAAACGGCUGUCACUGGGGGACUCACCUGACGCCAAAUCUGCUGGGUUGUGUCAACGUUGGCAGCGACGUGUUUGGGCACUCUUUGAAGACCCAUAUUCCUCAAAAUAUGCAAGGUGGGUGGCAUUUGCAUCGCUGUUCUUCAUACUGGUUUCCAUAACCACAUUCUGCCUGGAGACACACGAGGCCUUCAACCCCAUCAUUAACCGCACAUAUUUUAACCCUCAAGACAACAGCACCAGGAUUAACCAGGAGACAGAAACAGUGGUCUACCUAACCUACAUAGAGGGUGUCUGUGUGGUGUGGUUCACCUUUGAGUUCCUCAUGCGUGUCACUUUCUGUCCAGAUAAAAAGAAAUUUAUCAAAAACACCCUCAACAUCAUAGACUUCGUGGCCAUCCUGCCAUUUUACCUGGAGGUGGGCCUGAGCGGGCUGUCCUCUUCAGAAGCAAAGGACGUUCUCGGUUUCCUCAGAGUGGUUCGAUUUGUCCGGAUCCUCCGGAUCUUCAAGCUGACGCGACACUUUGUGGGGCUGCGUGUUCUGGGACACACUCUCCGCGCCAGCACAAAUGAGUUCCUCCUACUUAUAAUCUUUCUUGCCCUUGGAGUGCUCAUCUUUGCCACCAUGAUCUACUACGCAGAGCGAAUCGGUGCCAAUCCCAAUGACCCACGUGCCAGCGAGCACACCCACUUCAAAAACAUCCCCAUCGGCUUCUGGUGGGCUGUUGUGACUAUGACCACAUUGGGCUAUGGAGAUAUGUAUCCUCAGACAUGGUCAGGCAUGUUGGUGGGUGCAUUGUGUGCUCUGGCUGGUGUAUUAACAAUUGCCAUGCCUGUGCCUGUCAUUGUCAAUAACUUUGGGAUGUACUACUCUCUUGCCAUGGCUAAGCAAAAGCUACCAAAGAAAAAGAACAAGCAUAUUCCCCGUGCCCCCCAGCUGGGCUCACCUAAUUACUGUAAGUCAGCCAUGUGCUCGCCUCACCACAGCCCACCAAGUGACCAUUGCUCCCUUGCUGCCCAGGAGGAGAUUUUAGAAAUGAACAGAGCAGAUCCCAAAGUGAAUGGUGAAGCAGCUAAAGCAGCACUGGCCAAUGAGGAUUGUCCCCACAUAGACCAAGCUAUUUCCCCUGAGGACGGCCAGAUCUUUAACCCAAGUGAGCCACGGGGAGACACUCCAUGUUUUCUCCUGAACGUCGGCAGACGAUCUACUAACACAGGAACCAGAGUGAGGAAGGGUUAUCAAAAGUCCCGAAGCCUGGGCACCAUAACCAGCAAGGCCCGAACAUUGGCCGAGGUGGUGUCGAUGUCUACUGGGUCCUGCGGCCCGCCUGUUCUCCUGCGGCGAUCCCAUUCUCCAAUCCCCUCCAUUCUCUAAAAAAUGGAGCAGUGGUGUAGUUAGAGCUAUCUCCCUGGGUCUUCCUCCUGCUCUGCUGCCUUCUGUUCUCUGCAGUGUUUGAUUUGGUCUGGUCUGUCUUGUUCUCUGGUCCUUGUCUUCUGGAACAGUGUUUUUGUCUCCUCUCUUCCUGUGUCCGAUUUGCUUGUUUCUUGUCCUUACCUACCAGCUCUCAACCCAUGCAAUGCCAUCAGAGAGAAACCUCAAUGUCUAAAACAUCUCAGGGAAAGUUUGAAAUAUUCCCUAGUCACAAAUGUUUAUCGAUUAUAAAAGAACUGGGAUCAGAAAUCAAUACCUUACUUUAUUAUAGCACAUUAUUGAUCCAGGGAUCACUUCAACUGGAAACAUCUGUCAAAAAGACUUUCAUCUUUUGAAGCAAAAUCUCCCUUCCAGGUUAAAUCGACCGUGUUAAUUGUAUAAAUUCCACUUGUGGAAUUUCAAUGAUUUAUUAUGAUUUCAAGAGUGUCCCUUUUUGCACAAGUAAAUUUUUACAUAAAACCCUUUUUCACAAAUGGAAGACAACAAUAGCCAUUUUUAUUCUCGACCUGUUGCUUUUUUUUUUCCCUUUUCAUUUUUACUUCCCCUUUGCUCUAGUGUUUCCCCUCUCUCUUUGCUUGUUUAAUGAGAUCCCAGCCUGAACUCCUUCUGCAUGUCAGAGCCUCUACGGCAAGUGUCUCUCCUUCCUCUGUAAUUCUUUCACUCUGUCCGUGCAUUUCUGUCCAUCUCUCUUUCUCCAACCUCUUUUGCUCUGGAUUUCAAAAGCAAUCCAAAUCACAGUUUUUGAGAGAGAGAUAAAAACAUCAAAAAAUACCAAUAGUCUUAUUUUCUCAGUCUUAAUUUUCUCCUCAUUCUGAGUUGAAUGAAAAAAGGCCCUUUGGCACGAUGACCCUGAGCAAUCCCAUCCCCCCAUGUAUUUUCUACUUCAGAUCCAUGCAAAGAGGAACCUGCACUAGUUAAGUAUAUGCAGUCAGAGGUGCUUAAAGUGACCUGAGAAGGGAGCAGCAUCUCAGAGGGGGAACCAAAACCUUGGGUUCCCUUCUCCAGCCUUUCUUGACUUCACAAUGGCCACAGGGAUUUGAGGCUGGAGUCCAAAGGAGGGAUGUGUAUGUAGAGAGAAUAACAGCACACUAGAUGAUGUUGUUAGUCAUCACAGUGGCGUAUGUUUUUGUUCAGAAAGAGUCUGUCUUUAAUGCACUCUGAUUGAAUGAGGGAGCACAUGGACCGGGACUUUUUAAGGAAGAACUUAAGGACCAUACAUCAGCUGAAGAGUGCAAUGGAUGGAUGUCUGGCUUAAAAACAAGCAAAAUGAGUUUUCUAAUCACUAAUGAGAGUACAUGCAGUGUCAUCGGUGACAGAUGUAGUGGACUCUUACCUGUUCCUUUUAGCAUGCGCUGCAUGGUGUUACAUAAAAAAAGAGGAAACUAUUCUAUAUCUGUUAUGAAUAUCUGUACAAAACAAAUAUUUUCUUUGUAGAGUUCUUCACUUUUGCAGAAUUUACAUGUAGCCAUGGAUAAUGAAAUAUUCAAAGAACAUGUUAUUUACUUCAGCAUCAGAUUUCUUCAUUAUGUCUUUCAUUUGUUACUAACCACAUAUGACUAAGCUCUGGUCACAUUGACCACAAAAUCUGAAUAAGACACUUCAGUGGUUACUGACGUAAGAUAGAUUGUAUUUUCUCAAGCUUUCUAUGUGGUAAAUUCAAACUUUUCAACUUUGUUUCUGUCUGGCAUGCUUGUGAUUCUGGAUCUUAUAGAGAAAAAAAAAACUGAGCAAAAUGAGUUGUUAUUUUUAUGUUUUAUGACAUAAUUAUUAGUGAAUAGAUCCUGUGGAAAACUAUAGUGAGCAACUGUAUAUUUUACAUAUCAAGUGCUGACUUUUGACAGUGUUAUUUUUGGAAGGGGGAAAAAAAAUCAAAAACAAGAAAAAUGGCAUCACGUCAAGAUGUUUAACAUACUUUUUCUCUAAUUUCUUUUAGCUACGAAUACAAAGAAAAGCAAAAAAUACAGAUGUAUAUUUACAUUAUAAGAGAAUUGUAUGCAAUUUAGAACGUUGAGGAAAAACAAAUGCAUGCACUGUUAUGCAACAAUAACUGCAUAGAAAAACAAGAAAACAUGACUACAAAUAUAGCAUGAAAUAAAUUUUGUAUGAAACCUGUUAGAGGGCUUAGUUUUUUGUUUGUUUGUUUUGUUUAUUGGAAUGGAAAGUUUGCAUUAUUUCUAUUUCUCUCUUUGGUUGUGCCAAUACUCUCUUUGGCCUGAAGUUGACAGGCACAAAGAUGUGAAUUGGAAGGGAGUGAAAAGGGAAAAACACGUGUCUCCAGUUGGAGCAGCAUGGCAGGCUGCACUGAUGAGCAUGGUGAUGAAUUAAAACUUUUAACGUUUGAAGGAAACAAUGACAAACCUGCAUGCCGUGAACAAGCUGAAGUUUGAAUAUCGGAAACAACAGUGUCAACAUACUCUCUGCACAAUGAGGUAUGAUGCAGAAGCCUGCCUUGGAUGCAUGGGAAACGUGCCUGCUUGCAGAUUGCAUUAACGUCACCCUCUGGUCUCCUUUCAUCCCUUCCUCCUACUCCUCCUGACCCCUCCAUCUCUCUUCUGCACUCGUUCGCACGUCAUCCUGCACCCUCUUCACCCGUAUUUGUUCUCUAGAUGUCUGGGUAAUAACUCGUCUGUUGUCUCUCUUCUUUUUCAUGUCUGUAGAGGUUUCUCGGCAGGGCCGGCACAAACAGCCUGCAGACUCAGUGUGUGUCAUGAAUCGUGGUGUUCCAACCACUGUGUGCAUGGCCCAGAACACCCUUCCCUCUUCCUGAUAAUAACCAUCUAUAAGUCUGUGUCAUGUACAUUAAUGGGUGGAUCCAUGUGUUGGAUUUACAGUUAGGAAUGUAAGGUCUAAUAUAGAAAUCUUUCUUCACAUUAUAUAUAAAGAGGGACACUUGCCAGCAAUCCACCCCCCUCUUUGUUGGCCGCUGAUAAUGUUACAACUUUUGGUAGUGUGGUGUAAAAUGUGUAUUUGAGUGCAUGUUUGUUCAAUAUGUGUGUUUUUUGUGUGUCUGUUUUGUAAAUAUGCUUUUCGUGUUGCACAUGCUUGCUAUUGAAUAUUUAGAGUAACAUAUUUAAAGGGUAUAUGGUCAAAAGUAUCUACUAACAAAGUUUCACAAAACUGCCUUUGAAUUUGAAUAGGGUCAAACUUAUAAUGUUCCCUGAUGUGCUGCUGCAGUUGCCUUUGUUUGCAGUUUGCACUUUUAAACUUUUACAUUCCUUUGGGUUGUAAAUGUUAGUGGACAGAUUGUGUCUUGAGAUCAAUUUUUGCUUUGUGUGUUUAUAAUGUUGUUACACUCUAACUCUUUCUAUUUCUGAACCCAGCAAGAACAUCAAUACACUCCAGAUUCUCCAAAUUGAAGUGAAACUUUUGAAACAGAAAGCUGAUUGUAUGCAUGCAGAAUCAUGCAACAGAACAACUGAAGUGGCAAAUAAUGAGUUUAACAGGGAUAAACAGGUUUAAUUUAGACCAAUAUUACAUAGAGUUUUAAACCAAGCAGAACUCUCUUAAACAGAUAUUAAGAAUUUUUUAAAUUUUAUGCUAAUACAAUAUAACAUUUGGGUUUGUAUAAUGUUCUUUAGCACAAUCCCAAGUCUUUUUUAUUGUUUUAAAGCAUUUUUAUAAUUUUUUAAUCACUUUUUAUUUUUGGCCUUUUUUCAUUAUAGCAAUACUCGUGUGUAGGUUUUCUGUGCACUAAAAAUAGGUUCACAUAUUGCUAAUCUGUUUAUAUUUAUUCACCAGGGUUGAACCCAAGUCUUUCAACAAGCAUUUGGAUAUUUGUAAAUGUUACAUGUAUAUUAUAUAUUACAUAUAUUAUAAAAUUGUGGCUAAACUUUGCUUGGUAAUUCCUACUCUAUUUAAACAAAAUUCCAAUCCGUAGGUAGCUACAAUCCACUUUAAUAGAUACAUUUUAAAAAUACAUUUGAUUAUAUUGUUAAUGAAUGAAAACUGCGCGAUUUGCAAUAAUAAUGUUUGAUGGUAAAUAAUAAAUAUAUCUCAGUUUCACCUUUCAUUUUAAAAGGGAGCAUGUAAACUCUUUGUCAAAAUAGACUAUAUAAGCAUGUCUCCAGCUUAACAAGGAGCUAAAUAUUACUGAAUUUGCUGUUUAGAUGAUGCUUCAAAGACCUUUUAAUGCUGCUCACAAGUUACCAUUUUUGUUACUAACAAAUUGCAAUUAACUAUUUGAGAUUAACUCUCUUUGAUAACCUACAAUAAUUUUAGGGACACUUAUUGUGAUUUCAGCAGAAAAUAAAAAAAUGCAACAACAAUGUAGUUUCUUUUAGUAUAUCUCUGAAACUUUGCAUGUCUGUCAUUCACAUCUAAUUUGAAUAUUUACCAAAAAUGAAUCUUUCAACAAUGUGUGCCAUAUGAAAUUUUCUCAAUGUUUACAUCUUUACUCUAUUUUCAUAUAUGCGUAUAUCAUGGUUGAUGAUGCCUGUGUGAUCCUGUGUGUGUGUGUGUGUGUGA